CCGAUACGGCCUCAAGGUGCGGCGCACCCACAAGCUAGCGGACGCGCCUGUGUGCAACACUGCUCAGUGCUCACCCUCAGCGUCGCGCUGCUGUCGGCCGAACUGCUCCAUAUGCUAAAUGGUUCAGACUUUGGUUCAGACUUUGGUUCAGACUUUGGCUCCGACUUUGGUUCAGACCGACUUGUAACAUGAACGUGAAACGCCGCAAAGGCCCGUUGGUUGAGGCCUUGAGAGUACCUACGCCUCGACCUGUGUUACAGUACCUCGAGGCGCACGCCGGUGACUGGGUCGUGACAAAAUUUCGGGCAAUUUACUCGGGCGACAAGUCGCUCGCCUUCUUCCUAGAGAAUCGGCAGGCGGUGGUGAAUGGCCUCAUUAGUCUGCUGUGGGAGCCGUUGCUGCUGGCGGCGGCGGCGGCCGGCGUGGAUGGGCCGGCGCAACGCCUCAGCAUCCCGGUGACUAGCCGCGGUGGCGGGGGCGGUGCCGCAGCGGCGGUGGUGUGCAUCCAGUUCGAUGCCACCUUCCCGUGCGAGCUGGAGCCUAAGCUGUCGGAGCUGUUGGACGAGGGCGGCGGCGUGGUGGCUCCCGCCGCCGGUGAUAUCCCCAGCCUUCGCUGGGAGGCUGAGGCGCAGUACUCGGAGGCGGGGCCCCCCAAGGGCAAGCGGUGGCUGCGCGUGAGCGGCCUGCCCCACGGACUGCCCGAGGGACUACAGCGGGACCUCGUGCAGCACCUCUUGAGUACCCCAGUAGAGGAGAUUAAGCGGGACGUGUUCUCAUACCUGUUCUCGCAGCCCGUGCUGCAGAGUGGGCAAGUGCUGGUGAAGGUGGGCGACACCGCGCGCCUGCCAUCGGCCGACGACGCUUUCGCGGUGGGACUGGGCAGGUGGGGGCGUCAGGUGAUCUUCCAGCGGGAGGACAUCGAUCGGUACCUCGCGCAGGCGGCCCGGGGGGCCCAGGUGCGCCGGGUGCGCCGCCCGCCGCCUGCCCCGGCUGCCGCCCGAGCGGCGGCCACGGCGACUCCGGACGCGGCGGCCACGGCGGCCGCGGCUGCGGCCGCGGCUGCGGCUGCGACCGUGAGGGCGACCGCGGCGGCGGAGGCCGCGGCUGCGGCGGUCACCGCGGCGGUUGCCGCGGGCGCGGAUGCCGCCGCUGUGGGGGUGCUGAAGGCGGCGGCGGCUGCUGCCGCAGAGGCUGUGGGCGUGGGCGUGGGCGACGGUGGCGGCCGUGGUGCCGCGGCGGGCCUUGGGCUCGACGGCCGAGGCAACGGCAACGGCAGCGGCCGCGGCCGCGACGCCCGCCCGUGGCAGCAGAAGGUCCAUGGCCGCGUGGUGUCCGCGGCUGCAGAGGCGGACGCGGUGGUGGUCCGGUCGCUGGUGCAGGCGGUCUUCGCCGCGGUGAUCGCGAACGCGGCCGUGGUGCCGGCGGUGGUGGUUGACCCCAACCCCUUCCGCAUGCUGGUGGACCAGGACGCGAUGGAGGCGAUGCCUGACGACGAUGAGGUGAUGCCGGACCGGACGCCGACUGCGCUGGACGCUGCGGCAGCUGCGGCCCGGCGUGCGGCCCCCAAGCGGAGCCGGGAGCAGGCGCAGGCGGCGGCCGCGGCGGGCGAGGCGGCGCUGGCGCUGGCCAUCCGGGAGAGCAAGGCGGCCAAACAGGCCUUGGCGACGGCGGCGGCGGUGCGAGCCGCCGCAACAGCCGCGGCGGCGGCGGCAGCAGCGGCCGGGGCCACGGGCACCCCGGCGGCGGCCGAGGCCGGGGCGGCCGCGGCGGUGGUCGCGACAGCAGGCGUGAGUGGCACGAUGGCCGCCGUAGAGGCCACCGCUGCGGCGGGCGUGGAGCCGGCCUCGCCGCCGGCCGCGCCGGUGUCAACGGCGGGCUUGGGGGGCAUCGUGGGCCCGGCGGUCCUGCCCACGGGGUGGAGCAGCGACGGUGGUGUGGGUGAUGAGGGCCUGGCGGGCGGCGUCGGGCAGGGGCUGCUGGGGGAUGCGGAGACAGCGCCGGAUGCCAACGCGAAGCUGCUGUGUCAGGGCCGGCGGGGCGGUCCUGGCGACUUCAUGGACGUUAAGACGCACGUUCUUGACUCGGACAUCGACCUUGUCACGGCGGACCUGGCGGCAGCCGCUCAGCGGCUGCAUGCACGCGAGUGGACUGCGUGGUGGGCGCCGGCCCAGAAGCCGGAGGGCCGUCGUGUUACUGGCGGUACGGCAAUCCUCAUUCGGUCGAGCCUCCUGCAGCAAGGCGCCAUGGUGCUCGCUGGCGGCGCAGCUGCCGUGUCGGUGGCGGCUGGCGCGUGGGCGGGCCGCGGUGUUAGUUUGCUGUUGCAGUGGGGUGGACACACCUUCACGCUGACGUCAGCCUACUUUCCCCUGGCAUCCACAGCGCAGCAGGCUUUCAUUCGUGAGUGGGUGGGCCUUCGGGCGUCGGGCUCGGGCGAGCACCUCCUGGCAGCUGACUUCAACUUUGUGGCAGAUGUGGCGCUGGACACCGUCACUGGCCGGGCGCGCAGCGACGGACCCGCAGCCGCCGCGCUGGCGGCGGCGUGCCCUGGCCUCAUUGACGUGUUACGGCGGCGCCACCCGGCUCGCCGCGUGUGUACCUUCUUCCACCCUCACGGGGCGAGUCGGCUGGACCGCAUUCUGUGCAGUGGCGGCCUCGAACCGCAGGUCCUGGAGUGCGGCGUCGCCGCCGGGGUGCCCUCCGAUCAUAUGCUUGUGACGGUUGCCCUUGCGGCGUCGCCUGAAGCCGCGCCACCCGCUCGGAGCCUGCCCAGGGCCCACCUCGGUUUCCGGGACUUCAAAGACUUGGAUCGUGACUACCGUGCCUGGCUGGGUACGGCCCUGGCGGCACGCCCUACUGAUCCUGUUGAGCUGCUGGAGUGGUGGCCGGCCCUUAAACGGGCUGCCGCCACGUCCGCCAACCGCCUGAGCCGGGAAGCUGUUACGAGGCGUGUGGCCGCCAGCCAGCGGGAGGCGGCCGCGCUUGAUGCGGCGGCAGCAGCUGCCGCCGCGGUGGAGGCUGGCGGUGAUGUGCAGGUGGCGGCGCAGGCGGCCGUGCGGGCGCGGUGCACGGCGGCGGAGGCCGCCGUGGCCGCGGCCGCCGGCGCGGCGCGACGUACGCGCCACGCGUGGCUGCGUGGCGGCGAGAAGCCCUGCCCUCUCCUCACGCGCAUGCUGCGGCCGGCGGGUGGGCCGCGCGUGAUUGCCAAGUUGAAACAGCCCAAUGGCACCACUACAUCCGACCCGACGGUCAUGGGGCAGGUGAUGGCGCGGUACUGGAGGGACGUCAGUGCCGCGCCGCCGCCCGCUCCGGAUGCCCGCACGCAAGUCCUGGAUGCGCUGCAACAGCACGGGCGCCGGUGUACAGCCGAAGAGGCGGAUCAGCUGGGGCGGGUUGCGGUCUCGGCGGCGGAGGCCCCGGCUGUGGCGGCCUUCCUCGACUUUUACAAGGCGUAUGAUACGGUGGACCGCUCUUUUCUGCUCGCGUGUCUGGAGCGCAUGGGCGUGGGGGCGGGCUUUCUCACGGACCGUGCUACAAAUGGCUCCACAGUUAGCCGCCCUGAAGGCUAAGCAUUUGCAGUAUGUGUGCGAUGCGGGUGUGUCGGGGGUGGGGGCUGCCCUGGCGGCGGGGGCCUUCGUGUGCACCUUGGCCCGCUUGUGGUCGCUGAAAUGGGAGAAUCAUCAUAAGGAAGCACUGUGGCGUGUGGCCGCCAACGCUUGCUGGGCGUUUCCACGGCAUGCUAGCGAGCGGGCGCGAGGCGUUACUGUUGACCCGUGUUGGGCGUGUGGGGUGGACAUGCAGGAUGGGGACCGGCGUCACUGGUUUUGGGACUGCACUGUUGCGCUGUCACUGCGGGAAAGUAUGGGGAUGGCUAUGGGUUUCCUGCCGGAGGAGGCUCUAAGUGCCUUCUCUCGUGAGGAGUUGUGGUUAGUGCGCCCGCCUGCGGGGCUUGCGCCACCUGUGUGGGAUGUGGUGUGUCUCGCUGCUAUGUCUGCCCUGGACUUUGGUCGGCAGCGUGUGGUUAUGGCCGGGUUGGCGGCGCGAGCGAAGCUGCCGUCGGCCCGGGUGCUGAGCAUUGGACUUGCCGUCGUAGCUGACUUCUGGGGUCGUCUCCAGACGUUUGUGACUUUGGGUAUCAGGCCAAAGGGUUGGGACGCUGUGCCGUUUGCGCAUCCCUUCAUGUCUCGGGCUGUUGGUGACGGCAUGGUUUUGCGCUUGCCGUAUGACGCUGAUUCCCCGCCCCCCUCGCCGUGAGAGGUUGUGCGUGGUUGGUGGCUCUGUGUGUGGGCAGGAUGCACGUGUGGGCGACCGUUCUAGUACCUGGACGCUUGCGCCCUGGUUAGUGCGUGCGCUGUGCGUGUGUCCUGCGGCCUAGACGUUUCCCGGCACUCCUGUGCCUAGGCUUGUGGCGUUGAGGCACAGCGGUGGGGCUCUGGCGGGUUGAGGCUUGGCUAGGACUCACUGUGCGCGGAGUCACACGGACUUUGCCCGCGGGAGGGUUUGCAGCAAAGUCGGGGUUGGGCCCUGAUAGCAUGUGAUGGCUCGGCGUCUUCGGGAGCUGGGACUGUCCCCUCUGUAACAUCCGCAUCCA